AUAAAGGUUAAACUCCCGGAUAGUUUAUUGCAGCGACCACAAUUUGCUGUAAACAAAAAACAAACGGCCACUAAACGCGUUCUACAGUUUUCCCGCCGAACGCAGACGUCACGCUGGGACUCCAGUGUCUGCUUGAAUCCGACACCAGGGGCGGACCGGAAAAAGACCCUCCCCCGAACCUGCGUCUCUUCCGUUUGCUACGUGCAAUCGACACGAGUCAACGUCUACCUGGUUCUCUGCUCAGACGGAGACAGUUUUGCUCACGUUCAACAACGCUACAACUGGGAAAGGAAACCGUCGCUAAGUGUAAAAUACAAAGGACGUCGCGAUCAGCUGAUCCCCGGGACGAGACGGGAGCGACAGAACGAGAGCUCGACACGACGAACAACAACGAGCGGAGGAUCCGGCUCAUCUCAUAGUUCAGCUCCACCUCUGCUUCCUGAAACAUCCAUGCAAGAACAGAAAACGAAUCACAUUACAGGAAGGGCUUCAAUGCUGUAUCUCUGUCAGCAAUGUGACCAAGCUUUCACCAGACCAUCAGAAUCGAAGAAUCAUCACAAGUUUCACCUUAGGAAGAAACCAUACAACUGUGACCUCAAUAGCUUUCUGAGACACCAAUGUGUUCACACUGGAGAGACCUUCAGUAACCUUCUGAAACAUUGUGUUAAUACUGAAAAGAAACCUCACUGGUGUGAACAGUGUGGCAAAAUAUUCUCUCAGCGCAGUAACUUACUGACACACCAACGUGUUCACACUGGAGAGAAACCUCACUGGUGUGAACAGUGUAGAAAAACAUUUUCUCGGCUUAGUGACUUAAUGACACACAAACGUGUUCACACUGGGGAGAAACCUUAUUCAUGUGACCAGUGUGAAAAAGUGUUCUCUCAGCGCAGUAGCUUGGUGACACACCAACGUAUUCACACCGGAGAGAAACCUCAUUCUUGUGACCAGUGUGAAAAAGCAUUCUCUCGCCGCAGUAUCUUACACAUACACCAACGUGUUCACACUGGAGAGAAACCUCAUUGGUGCGAACAUUGUGGCAAAAAAUUCUCUCAGCACAGUAACUUACUGACACACCAGCGUGUUCACACUGGAGAGAAACCUCAUGGGUGUGAACAGUGUGGAAAAGCAUUUUCUCAACUUAGUGACUUACUGACGCACAAACGCGUUCAUACUGGAGAGAAACCUCAUUCCUGUGACCAGUGUGGAAAAUUGUUCUCUCAGCGCAGUAGCUUACUGACACACCAACGUAUUCACACUGGAGAGAAACCACAUUCAUGUGACCAGUGUGGAAAAGUGUUCUCUCGCCGCAGUGGCUUACGGACACACCAGCGUGUUCACACUGGAGAGAAACCUCAUUGGUGUGAACAUUGUGGCAAAACAUUCUCUCAACAUAGUAACUUACUGACACACCAACGUGUUCACACUGGAGAAAAAUCUCAUUGGUGUGAACAGUGUGGCAAAACAUUCUCUCAACAUAGUAGCUUACUGACACACCAGCGUGUCCACACUGGAGAGAAACCUCAUUCAUGUGACCAGUGUGGAAAAGCGUUUUCUCAGCUGGGUCACUUACUGACACACCAACGUGUUCACACUGGUGAGAAACCUCACUGUUGUGAUGGAUGUGAAAAAAAGUCUCCUCUUCUUCCAAGCUAAGAGAGCAUCAGUGCAUUCACACUUUAGAAAGUCCUUAUUUAUGUGACAGUCAAAGUAAUCAAAUAAACUUUCUCAAUAACAUGGAUAUAGUGUUUAGAAAACAACACUGCAAGACGUGACAACAUGCUGUGAAGGUGACCUACCAACCUAAUGCCUGUUUGUUUUUCUCAUAGACACAGUUGUUGUCUGUUAACAGUAAAUAAAGUUGACCGGAAAUUGA